GUGGGUUAAGUUCGGAUCUUUCCCACCCGUCAGAGGCGACCCGGUACCCAUCUCUUUUAACUCUUCCAAAAUCCCCUGAUAAACCUCGUAAUUUUGAAUUCGUUUCUUCAAUUUCAACUCUGUUUUUCUCUCCACUUUAUCCAAAAAAAAGAAGAUGGAUUUGGGAGAAGGAGUAGAGGUUGUUGGUGACAAAAUGAAUGAGUUGAAAAUUGCAAAAGAAUGUAAUGAUGAUGGAAGUGGCGUGCAAGUCACGUGCUUCUCUGAAGUCUCUAACGAUGCUACUCUCUACUUUCAGAUUAUUCGUCUUCAAAAUCAGAUAUAUGCAUGGAUUGGUUGCAACUCCGCCAAACUUGGGGAUCUGUAUGCAGCUGCUCCAACAAGACCUAGCAAUACUGUUAGUGUGAGUUCCUUGACUGGAGGAUCAUCUGAUAAUACAGGAUCUGGUAUUGCCCGUAGAAUAGUUCUGAAGACUGGAAUCAAUGUUGUACUAGCUUCUAAUAUCCCCAAGAACAGCCCCAUGCUUGAGGCUGCUGCUGAGAAAAAGUUGGUGCAGAAGCUUAUCAGUCUAGGCUACGGAAAGGCUGGACCUCGAGGACCAUCCUCAUAGUGGAUCAAGUUAUGCAUUGAGCUCAAUGUAGCAGUUAAACAUUGUGAGAUAGUAUUACUAUAAAGACAUGCAGAAUACAGGAAUACAGUAGAAUGAGAAGCCAACCAUACCAUGUACACUGCUUCAAAAACACUCUUAAAAUCAUUUACCAUCAGCAACGAAGAGGAGGGAUCGUGUGGGAGCUUGAUUGUCGCUUUUGAAAGUUUUGUUGUGCUUGUGUUCCUAUUAUUGAACAGUAGAAUAUGGGAAGCGAUGGAGUUAAGUAAUUUUCAUGUCUGUGAUGUACUGAUUGGUAUAUUUAUGCUCGUUACUUGACUCUUAACAAAAAAAAAAAAAAAUUGUCGGACUUAUUUUCUUGGGACAACCGGGGACUCUUCUAGUGAAAUUGGAUCUUAGAGCCUUAAGAGACCUUCAAUCAUCGAGGAUAUUCGAAUUGACAAAUAAGAUUUGAUGUUUCUCUCACAAUGACGAGUUUCAAAUGGUA